CGAGGGGGGAGAGCGAGGUGUGCAUGUUGUGUUUGUGUGUGUGUGUGGGACCGGCAUGGUGGGAAUCAAGGACAAGGGAAGGGGCGCGGGCCAGCUCCAAUCCUCCAGUGAGGAGGUUGGCGGGGAGUGAGGGGAGUGAGGGCAAAGCAACCGGGGCCCCGGCAAAGAAGCUGCAGGUGCCCGGGCGCUCGUGGGGUUCGUGUCUAAUCGCCUCCUUCCUCUCCCGGGUCUUCGAACGCCCCAAGCCCUCGGGCAGGGGCUUGGAGCUCCCCGUUGCUGUGGCCAGAGAGAGCAAGGACAGAGUGGGCCCUCUCAUUUGGGGAGAGCUUUUUCCUUAGGCUGUGUAGGCCCUUUGUGAAUCUGUAGGCCAGCUGCCUACCAGGGCUCCCUUUGGUGGAGUGGGAGGAACACUACCGGCUUAGGAAUCGGGAGCCACUGGCUCUUAAGAGCCGCCAACUCUCAGGGUCUGAUUAACCUUUAUCUGGGCUUCCAGUUUCCCGGAUCAGUGAAAGGGUUCCACUCGGCGAUAAUGUUUGUAGUCCUGCCUACCCCACCCGGCACUUGUGAGGAUCGGAUGCGAAAAUGUAUUUGGAAAGCACUUGGAACUGUUAAAAACCCUAUAUAAAUACAAAGGAUUGAUAAUUCUAAGAGGAUUAGCUCGAUUAUGCUAACUGUUCAACCAAAAACCCAGUGGAAGAGAAUAGAGCAGACCCCACACCUUAAAGCUAGGAGAUAGGAAGUGCUAAAGGGCCGGAAAACUGCUGAAUUUGAAUUCGUGCACUGAAGUCGAAAUGGAUAGAGAGCUGACUUCGAAAUUAAGGAGGUUCAAGGUGUCAGUCCAGACCCUGACACGUACUGGUUGUGUGACCUUGGCCAUCCCUCAAUGCUCUAGACAGCCGUCUGCCACUGUAAAGUGGAAGAGUGGAUGCCAACCUAAAUUGGUAGAGACAAUCUUCUCACUUAGGAGUAUCCUGAACAAAUGAAAUCACAGGUCCAUUCCCUAAUUUUUUUCCUGUUAAACAGGUAUCAAGCCCAGUGGGGUAGAGAGAAGAGAAUAGGAUUAAAGGAAUGAGAGGAGAAUGGACUCAGUAAAGGUUUGGGAUUAAGAUCUUUUUCAUGAUUGAGGUAAAUGAAAGUACAAUUUGUUAGCCAUAUUCCCUACAGUUACCAAAUGAAUAAAUUUGGGAAGGUAGGUCACCUUGAUUGCUUUUGAGAUUCUGUAAUUAAAUUUUUGUCAAAAUGCAUACUUAUGAUUUUUCAUUCCAUAAAGCUUUCCUUGAAGGAGAUAGACUAUGGAGGAAGGUUUGUGGACUUGGGAAUGGUUUUAGGAGUGACUUAGGAAGAGAGUUUGGCAUGAUGAAAAAUGCAAUGAAUUUAGGGUUUGAGAUACCUAAGUUUGAAGCUCAACAUUAUUAUUUAGUAGCCGUUUAAUCACAGACAAUCAUUUAACCUCUUGAGACUUUAGUUUUCUUUUCAGUAAAAUGAAAAGGUUAGACAAGAUCUAUCUUUACAUAUAGCUCGAGAAAACUGAUGUUUAUGGAAGUGAAAGUUGCUGCAUCUCUGUAAUAAGUUAUUAGGCUUUACAUCCUUGAGAUACUGUCAGAGGGAAUAACCUUUUAAGAGGUAUUGGUAGGUAUUGGUAGGAUUUACUAGGGCAGUUAUUAGGUUUAUUAUUAUUAUUCCAGUAGAGAAGAAAGUAUUGAAGAAUGAAGAACUGUAUUUGUUGCAUAUGAUCUCUGGAUGCCAGCCGACUGUGGGUCCUUGAUGAACACUUUAUAGAGAAGGUUAAAUUUUUGUUGGUGGCUAGAGACAAAGGGGCGAUUCAAGGUCCCAACAUUCUUUUUAGGAUAGAUUUAAAGGAAGUAGGGGAAAAUGACUUGCAUUCAGAUGAAAACUGAGGGCAUAAAGAGUCAAAGGCAUGAGGAUUGGUGAAAACUAGAAAGCUCUGAGUUUACCUAUUCCCUGUGUUAAGAUAGAGGUUUGGAUAGGAAAAUGGACCUUUGAGUCUCGGAAAUGUGUAUCCUAAGGAGAUGAACAGGAAAGGUCUGCAGACAAGAAAAAACAAAAACAAAAACUAGAGUCUUCUGCAUUGUUUUAUUUUUACAGGAAUUGCUGUUCACUUCAAUUUUAUUGAGCACAUUAUGUCCCCAUCACUGUACCCAUCAGUAUAGAGGCUACAAGAGAAGUAUAUAGUCCCUGCCCUCAAAGAUCUUACUGUUUAGAUGGGUACAGGUAACUAGAUGAAGCAAGGGAGAGUAUAAUUAAAUGUUAAAGGUGUAUAUAUAUUUUCAGACAAUAAGUGCUGUAAAUAAAGGAGGAAGAGGAGCACCCCAAGAUGUUAGGGAAGAUUAUAUGUGUGAUCUUGGGCAAGUUAUUUAGCCCUCUUGGGCCUAUAAAAUAUAGAAUUUAUUCAUUUAUUUAUUUAAUACUUUUUUAUUGACAGAACCCAUGCCAGGGUAAUUUUUUACAACAUUAUCCCUUGCACUCACUUCUGUUCCGAUUUUUCUCCUCCCCCCCUCAACCCUUUCCCCCAGAUAACAAGCAGUCCUAUACAUGUUAAAUAGGUUACAAUAUAUCCUAGAUACAAUAUAUGUGUGCAGAACCGAACAGUUCUCUUGUUCCACAAAAAUACAGAAUUUGAUUGAAUAAUUUCUAGUUUUUUUCCAUGUCUAAAUCCUAUAGUUCUAUGUCUUACAGGAAGAAAUAGAACUUGUUCUGGGCUUCUCCUAGAUAGAGAAGAGUUAGUAGUGACCUCCAGAUAUCCUAUUAUUUAGCUCUGGAGAAGCUAAUUUGGAGAUGGAGUUUUUCAGUCCUUCGGGCUAUUCUCUCAUAGCUGAGGGGAAAAGGCAGUUGGCAGUAACAACUAAAAAAAAACCUGAUUAGAAUCAGAAUAUUUAUGUUUUCAAUCGGUAGAUUCCCUCUAUCCAUUUAACACUACAUAAACCUUGAAAGACAGUCUGGAUUAUUAGACAUUCUUCAAAGAAGUUUGAAAACAGUGAUUCUCAAACUUUUUAUGACACCCCACUCUGACCCGGAGCUCUCCAAACUUUUUAUACAGACUCCAACAGAAUCUGGAGCAUUAAUACUACAUGACUUUGACUUUCCAUUAGUAUCACAAUGAAAAUAAGAAAAAUUGAUUUAAGAUGAUGAAUACUAGGUAGGAACUUGAAAUGUACAUUUUGCAUUUAAUAAUCAAGGAAAUUGGAAACCAGCAAAUUGAUUUGGAGAGGGGAAUGGUGUGCUCCAGGUUAUAGAUAAGAAUAGAUUGUUAUUUGAAUUGAAGAAGGAAAAAGAGUUUAAAAAAAAAAGUGGGAGAUGGACAAGAGCCGAGGUUGAAUAUCACUGUAGGGGGGAAACAGAAGAGUGGAUGUUUGUUACAGAGAUGAAAGAGAAUUUUAUGAAUGUAAAGGAGCCAUAUCUGCCUUGCUCCAGUCUUUGUUCUCUUUAUAUCUCUUUUUAACUUGUAUUCCUUGGUCUCUAGGACUCUGGAUUUCCAUAGGAUUUGCAGGUAUAACCUCUUUGAGGAUCUGUUUAGCCUGGGUCCCGUUGCUUUGCCUUACCUAACUUGUUUCUUUUUUCCUUUCCUUCCUAGGAUAUUGGACCUUUUUCUUCUUUUAGAGUACCUUAUCUGAUUUCCUUUAGUUUCUGAUUUUGAGAUGAAUGUUUUGGUGCCCCAGUUAACUUUAUAACGUUGUACCUCCUCCCUGGAAGUGAUACGUCUGUAUUAAGGCCGAGGCAUCGGAGGAGAAACAGAAGAUGGCAGCUUUGCAUACAGCACCAGACUCCCCAACCUCCCAGCUGGAGAGAAUGGAAGUCAGGCCAGAGUGUGAAGCUAAUCAUGAGGAAAGGGAGGGCAGCUCAGAUCUGGUUGAGGACAGCCCAGAUGAGGGUGAGGGGAGUCCAGAGCCGAUGGAAGAGAGUCCAGAGGAGGGUGAGGGGAGCCCUGAGCCAAUUGAGGGCAGCCCAGAGGAGGAUGAGAGCAACCCAGAGGACAACGAACACAACUCAGAGCUGAUUGAUGGAAGUCCAGAGGCAAUUGAUGACCUCCCAGAGCCAAUUGAAGGCAGCCCGGGGCCCAUCCUUGGAAGCCCAGAGCCCAUGAUGGGCAGCCCAGGGCCUAUUGAUGACAUCCCAGAGCCCAUUGAUAGCAUCUCAGAACCCAUCAUGGGCAGCCCAGAGCCUAUCGAUAGCAUCCAAGAACCUAUCAUGGGCAGCCCAGAACCUGUUGAUAGCAUUCCAGAGCCCAUCAUGGGUAGCCCAGAAAUAAUUGAGGGCAGUCCAGAACCCAACAUGGGCAGCCCAGAGGUGAUCGAGGGCAGUCCAGAGCCCAUUGAAGGUAGCCCAGAGCCCAUAAUGGGCAGCCCAGAGGUAAUCGAGGGCAGCCCAGAACCCAUCGAGGGUAGUCCAGAGGUGAUCCAGGGCAGCCCAGAACCCAUCGAGAGUAGUCCAGAGGUGAUCCAGGGCAGCCCAGAGGUGAUCCAGGGCAGCCCAGAGCCAGAACCACAAGAACCAUUGAACCAUGACUCUAAAAUGGAGUCCCCAGUUCUUCAGGAGAAGGCUGUGUCAGUUUCCUGGGUUCCAGCUAUUUUAAAGAAAGAGAUCAUUGCUGAUGAUGAGACAGCAACUGACUUCCUAACUACUGAGUCUCAGGGACUGGUGACAUUUGAAGAUGUAGCUGUGUAUUUCUCUUUGGAGGAGUGGGGAAGGCUAAAUGAAGCUCAAAAGGAUCUUUACAAGGAAGUCAUGCAGGAGAACUAUGGGAUUUUGGUGUCUCUGGGUUAUCCAAUUCCUAAACCUGAUGUAAUCUCUCGAAUGGAACGUGGGGAAGAGUUGUGGGUCCCAGACAGUCCUGGUCCUGAGGAAGGAGAUAUUUUAACUGGUGUUUACACAGGGGGUUGGUUCUGGAAUGAGGAUGAGGAGGAUGAAGAUGAAGAUGAAGAAGAAGGUCCUCUAGAGACCCCUGAGGAAUCAGAACCACCGGGAGUAUGGUCAGCAGCCUAUGGUGUAGGAGAUGUCCCUGGAACCUGGGGACCUGAUGAUUCCAUCCAGGUCCAGCCAUCCGACUUGUGGGGAGGAGACCCUGCAAAUAUGGGGAUGGUCCCUGAAGGACAAGAGAUGAAGCCCAUUCUUCAUAGUGGGGAAGGAGGUGCCCCACUCCUGCCUCCCUGGGCCUUCUCAGCAGUGGUAGAAGCAGCCGGGGGCAGGCCAGAGACAACGUGUGAUGUGUGUGGGAAGGUGUUUCCUCAUCGGUCAGGGCUGGCCAAGCAUCGUCGCUACCAUGCAGCUGUGAAGCCUUUUGGUUGUGAAGAGUGUGGGAAGGGCUUUGUUUACCGUUCUCACCUGGCUAUUCACCAGCGUACACACACCGGAGAGAAGCCCUUCCCCUGCCCAGACUGUGGCAAGCGCUUUGUCUAUAAGUCCCACCUGGUAACCCACCGACGCAUCCACACAGGUGAGCGGCCCUAUCGCUGCUCCUUCUGUGGGGCUGGCUUUGGCCGCCGCUCCUAUCUGGUGACACACCAGCGCACCCACACAGGUGAGCGGCCCUACCCUUGUCCCCAGUGUGGCCGCAGCUUCAGUCAGAGCUCGGCCCUCGCCCGUCACCAGGCUGUCCACACUGCUGAGAAGCCUCACUGCUGCCCUGACUGUGGACGGGCCUUUAGACUUCGAGCAGAUUUCCAGCGUCAUCGAAGGGGUGGGAAGUGCUCUGAUCUUAGAGAAGAGGCAAGAAGAGAAGAGAGCGAGGGACCCGAGUUGGGUGGGGAGAGUCUGGACCCUGUAAAUGAAAGCCCUGUUAUAGAUAGAAAUUACCCUGAAUUGGGGAAUGGCUUUGGGGAAGGGGAAGGUCCUUCUCACCCUCUUGACUUCCACUUCCCCCUGCCCCCUAAAUCUUGGCUUCAUGGAGAGAAUCUCCCCAUGUUAGCUCUUCAGGAUUUUGGAGAAAGGGUGGCCCAUGAGUUGGUCGAUGCCUCACCUAUCCCUAGUCAUUUAGGAAGUCAGAUCUCUCUAAUUGAUGGGACAGCAAUGCCUUGCGACCCCUGUGCCCCUGGACUGCUAUCUUUCGGACCUUCAGUGGGGAGCCUCCUUUCCGACCCCCAGCCUUCUUCCAUGUUGGAAGAAGAAACUCCAUGGAUAUGCUCUGACUGUGGAAAGACCUUUGGGCGUCGGGCGGCUCUGGCUAAGCACCAGCGCUACCAUGCUGGGGACCGGCCACAUCGCUGUGCAGACUGUGGCAAGAGCUUUGUGUAUGGGUCUCACCUGGCUCGGCACCGGCGCACACACACAGGUGAACGUCCUUUCCCCUGCCCAGAGUGUGGGGCUCGUUUUGCCCGUGGCUCUCACUUGGCUGCCCAUGUGCGUGGUCACACUGGGGAGAAGCCCUUUGUGUGUGGGGUGUGUGGGGCUGGAUUUAGCCGGAGGGCUCACCUGACGGCCCAUGGACGGGCACACACAGGAGAACGGCCCUAUGCCUGUGGGGAGUGUGGGCGGCGUUUUGGGCAGAGUGCGGCCUUGACUCGGCACCAAUGGGCGCAUGCGGAAGAGAAGCCACAUCGGUGUCCCGACUGUGGCAAGGGCUUUGGCCAUAGUUCAGACUUUAAGAGGCACCGAAGAACCCACACUGGGGAAAAGCCCUUCCGUUGUGCGGACUGUGGUCGGGGUUUUGCCCAGCGCUCCAAUCUGGCCAAGCACCGGCGGGGUCACACAGGUGAGCGGCCCUUCCCCUGCCCCGAGUGUGGGAAGAGGUUCUCACAGCGGUCGGUGCUGGUCACCCACCAGCGAACGCAUACAGGGGAGAGGCCAUAUGCGUGUGCAGCCUGUGGCCGCAGGUUUUCUCAGAGCUCCCAUCUCCUCACCCAUAUGAAGACUCAUCGCGGAACAACAACAACUGGGCCAGCAGCAAAAGCAGAAGGGGCAGGGCAGAACCAAGCCAGUAGGCCUUCAGGGGAAAAGGAGGACAAUAGUAAUCCCAAGGUGGAAUUUGGGGGAAACUCUAGUAGCUUUGCAUCUGAGGAACCUACUAUGUUCCCUGGCCCAUCCUGCUCUUAUGAGGAGACCCUCAUGUGAGGUGGGUGAGGAGGGAGCUGGGAGGAGGCAUAUCCCAAGAGACCAUUUGUCUCUUCCCUUUAUGACUCCCCUUGCACAGGGAGCUGAGUAUAGGGAAUAACCCCUGUGAGGUCUCCUGGGGGUCACCUGACUUCAUGCUCCCUCCUCCUUCUCUCUCCAGACAGUGACCCAGGCAGGAGGGAGUUCGGCUUAAGUUGCUUUCUCUGAAGCCCCAGGCACUUCCCCAGCCCCUCACAGUUACGGUUCUCUCCUGCUCCAGUUCUCUAGUAGGAAGCUGCCUUUCUGAAGGGGCCUAGCUGGUAUCCAAGAGGUGGCCUUGGGGUAGAGCGGGGUGAGAGCUGGGAUUUGGGAAAGAUUGAAGGAGAGAAAAGAUGCAGAAGAGUGAAGGUUGGCAUCACAGCGUCCUGGAAUAUGAUUCCAUUCGGGGUUUAAAUAGUAGAGCAAACCAAUAGUCAGGAAUGGUGAUGUUAUUUAUUUUACUCUGAUGCAGAAUUGGGUGGGAAAAACCCUUUCUUCUCUGAAAGCCUGGGUUUGAGCAAGAGAAGGAGGCUCUUGCUUGGUAGCAUGGGACUAGAUAGGGGGAGCAGGGCCGUCUGUGAAUCAAAGCUCAAGUCUGGGUGGCAGGUGCAGUGGGUGGAGCAGAGUGACUUUUAACUUGCAGGUAUGGAAUUCCCCCUUCCCUCUUUCUCACCUAGCUUUGUAAAAAAUGUUUGGCUAAUGGGUGACUUCAGUCAAUUCAGUUCAUUUUAAUAUCGAUUAGAAAGUGGUGUAAGAACCUGGUAAUUUCUAUUGAUGUCAACUGGCAUUAGCCUGGCAACUUCAGUCACUAUUCUAGGGUUAAAACUAGAUGAUUUCUAAGGUCCCUUCCAUCUCUAAUAUUCUCUUUUCUAUGUUCUAAAGUCCUUUCCAGUUAUGGUAUUCUAUGUUUUAAGGUCCUGUUCACUUCUGACAUUCUAUUUUUAAUGUUUUAAGGUUCCUUCCAAAUUCAGUUUUCUGUGUUCUAAGGCCCCUUCCACUGCUAACAUCUUCUGUUCUAAGGUCUCUUCCAGUUCUGACAUUCGAUGUCCUAAGGAACCUCUUUAGCUCUGUCAUUUUUAUGUUCUAUAUUUUUGUGGAUCAGUGGAUAAGAAAACUUAGAGGAAUUCCAAAGAGAUUGGCUCUAUGUUCCUAGCCUAAGGGAAUUGAAAUGGAACUGAGAAAACUUUUAAUGUGACUUUUUUGCGAUCAUGCUUUGAAGUUGAAUCAUAAUACCAACUGAUGGAAUUAGUAGUCAAGAAUGUUAGUCACUGUCUCCUCUGCUGGAAAUCCUAAGUAUUCUGGAGGGAGGAUGGAUCGGCUGGGAAAGGUUGGGUCGUUUGAGGCCUCCUGCUUCAAAAGUGAAUGUGCUUCCCACGGCACCACGGUCCACAGCCACAUUUCUUGGCUGCCUGAAGGCAGUCUUAGUCAGAUGGGCCGGUUUGCCUUGUCAUCACCCACAGGUAGCACGUCUUUGACAAUAAUAGUCAAGAGGGUUCUCAUUCCAGUCAUCUCCCCAGAAGUCUUGGCUGUCUCUACCUCAGCUUGGGAGCUAGAGACAAAAGACUUCAUUGCACAGAGGGGCCUGUGGAAAACCACACAUUUAUGUGAACCGUAAGGCUGCUUCUAGUGAGUUCUAUGAGCCGUGUGGAUUCCCUCUCUUGUGAGUUAGAGUGAAAUAGAUUAAUGUUCAUUGUUUCCACAUAAACUCACCUGGAGGUGAAAGUCACUGGGAAAAGGCUCUGCUGCUUCCCAGUCUUCCCUAUAGCCAGAGAUCCUCUGCACUAGCGUUUUCACACAGACGUCAGACUGUCUCCGGAAGGCGGUGUGGUUCACUUAGCACCUUUCUUCUGAACUUUAACACUUGAUAGACUUUCAGUAUAAUUAAGCACUGCUGGGAGUGAUGGACUGAAGGAGGUCAUAGAAUCUCUUUCUUAGAGGUCUUUAGGAGUAGGAUAGAGGCCGGGGAACGGGCCAGAUGACCUCUGGAGGCCUUUUCCAGUUCUUUUUCUAUAGUUAGUUCAUUACUAGAGGUGAGUCAUAUUUCUGUUUACAAGCAUUACUCCCAUAGAAGAGUAGCAUUCCUGUUUCGUGGAGCAGGGAAUGGAGACACUAAGAAGUUAAGUAAUUUGCACAAGAAUGAUGGUGAAUUAAUGACCAAGUUAGGAUUCAGAACAACCAAUAUUUGUUGAAUGCCUAUUAUGUGCAAAGUACUCUAGUUUAAACUGCACAAUUAGUUUAAAGAGCAGCGAAGGGCAUCUUGGGAAAUAAUCAGCAAACCAUUUUGUUUCUUUGCCAGUCUGAACGGUACCAAAAAUUGCCAUUUUGAAUCCAAUUUCAUUCAUUACAACUACAACUCACUUGCUAUAAUGUAGGCAUGGCAUUGAGGGCCAGGAGGGAAGAGAGGCAGGGCUGCUGAGGGUCUUUGUGGGAAUUGGGGUUGGGAAGCACAAGUAGUUGGUGGGGUUGGGAGGUGGGCCUUAGAAAGGGGGGAGGGGGGUUGGGAACGUAGAAGGGAAGGGUUAAAAAUUGAUAUGGGGAUAGGGGUGAAUAGGAGGGGAGGGGACAAAGGGGAUAUGUGGUGAUGCAGAGGGGAUUAGCAAUGUUUGGGGGAAAUCACUGUAUUGAUCACUUAUGCAGCAUUAUCUUGGCUUUUGGCUCAGUUAUACCUGGGCAAGAAAGAUAUUGUGCCUGAGCUAUGGGCAGUGUCCUACAUAGCAAUUUCUGCCCUUACUCUAGGAGAAAUAGAAGCCCUAGAAAUGGGGUGUCAGGGAGGGAAGUGGAUUUGUGUGCUGCGUUCCUGGAGAGCAAAGGAGCUGCGGAAACCACAGACGUUUUUGGUAGCAGUGCCGGGAUCCAGAUGCCAUCCCUUUCCACAUCUGGCAUGUCUCUUCACGUGCAUGUCUUGUGUUCCUUUUGGCCCCCUUUCUUGCCUCCCCUCUCCCCUAAAUGCAUCCAUCCCAUACUCACCCUUGUCAGCUGGAGAACCUAGCUUUAAUAAAAGAAUGGAGAAAUCGA